AUGUGGAAUAGCACUGUAUUGGUUGGUAGUUGGCCGAAUCGCCGUCCCAAACCCUUCCCUUACCGCCGAACCGAUUCGGUCCGAGAAAUCGAGGGCCAUGCGCAUUUUCCCUUGGUUGAUCACAACACGCUCGCAUUGUUGAAUGGCACUCUCGACAGGAUUCUAUUUUCACUUCGGUGUUAUGCCCUGCAUUGGCGACAGACACGACUCAACAAUGACGGGUCGACGAGCUCCAAAUACUCGCGUGCAUUCAAGCACGUAUCCAUAGUGUCUCAGUCCCACGCUCCCCAUAUCAGGCGGGAGAACGCAAAAACUUCUCAGCGUUCUCAUUAUCCAGGAUACGACUACACUACAUCUGCAUACUGCAUGCUACACGGCUGUGACACUACCUAUGAUCAUGGCCGCGGUUAG